AUGGAUGCGAUCAAAGCUUCAGAAAGUGGCAUUAAAGGCAAACUUCCAUACUCAGUGGAAACUCCAUAUGGUUUUCGUCUAGACCUGGACUUCCUGAAAUAUGUUGACGAUAUUGAGAAAGGGAAAACCAUUAAAAGAAUCUUCAUCCAACGCCACAACAAAGGUCCCCGGGCCAGCACCCUACCUCGGCACAUUAACCCCUCGGGGUACAGCUACCGUCCGAGCCCUUGGGGCUCGACCGGAGCUCUCUGCGCCAGGUCUCGGUUGUCUGAAGACCAUCAUCGAGGCUCCACUUCUUGGUUUUAUGAACACAGAUCACCCAUUUCACGAACAGAAAUAGAGGCCAAAAUCAGAGAGUUCGAUGAGCAACCCUUGGGUGAGCACAUCCGACCUCAUCUCCUUCGGGCCUCCAGUCUGCCCCUUACGGUGCUUUUGAGACAAGGAUUGGAGGAGCCCGGAAGCCUCCAAAGUUCAAAGGAACAUUUAGCAGACAAAAACAAGUCUUGUGAAGACAUCUUUGACUCUACAGACAGUCCUCUCACCCAGGAUUGUUCAGGUCUGUUGAGGCGCUUAAAAGAUGCCUUGGACCAUGUGGAGGAGCUGGAAAGGGAGGUACGGGUCAUUCCAGACCUCAGAGCACAAAUCUGUCUGCUACAGGAGGAAAAAGAAAAACUGCGGUCACAUAUUCAACCAUUCUCCCUGAAUGGGACCUCCACAUCACAAUGGCAAGAACAAUGUCAUAGUCAAGAUCGUGACCCUACGCACACGUGGAGGACCAGUACAGAUCUGGAUGAGCUGCUGACGGUGACGUCACUCCAAGCUAAGGUUGCGCUGCUGGAACAAAAGCUUCACGAGAACGAGAUGGACCUCGAAAGGGUCACGGGGCGGCUUAAGCUGCAACAGAAGGCAAGCAAAAUCAAGGGUGAACGGAUUGAACACCCGGUUGUGAAUCCUGGAGUGUGGGUCCAUGCGGAGAAGGUGGCAGUCGAUCAGGAGGAGGAUGAGACCAUGACGAAAGCCCAAAGUGUCAGCACCAAUGGAGAAUGCCCCAGUUACCCUGAAAAAUAUCUGGCAAUGGAGGUUUCUGCUGACACGUCUCUGGUCAUCCACCACAUCAACAGGAUCAAGCAACUCCUGGAUCAACAGUGGGAGUGUUUGAGUGCACCAGAUGAAGAAAAACGUCUACAGAACACCAGUCCCAAAGUUAUCUCCUUACAGCAGGAGAUAAUGGGACUCAUAGACAUCCUGACCUCGCACUACAGUACUCAGCCUGGACGCAAACAAGGACACACUAUUCAACAUGGAGAACAGGAAGAGAGCAGCACCGAGCGUUGGGAGAUGGCUGCAAGCCAAGUGGAUACAGAACAAGAAAAGACAGAGAUGGAGGAAAACAGGCAAGUGAUAUCGAAAGGAAGUGGAUGGACAGAUGGAGGGGUGGCAGCUGUUGAAGCUACUGCUGCUGUAGAAAUGGCCAAAACGCCGCCAGGAAAACAGAUGGACGUGGACUUGGGUUCCAAAAGAACAAUGCAAGGCAGUGAGACAGUAAAUGCUGACUUUCUGUCAGCUUGUCUCUACCUCAAUGAGCAUAUGGACAACAUUGAGGACCCUACCAAUGACACAAGGAGGGCCCUCGUGGUGCUUUUCCAGAACUGGUUCAGUGCGGCAGCAGAAGAGAAUUCAGUGGCCAGCAAGGUAGCUGCAUACUUGAGGGAGGUCAAAAAGACAACACCUUCCCUACUGGCCUUCCUCAUCAACCUGGCUGAUGAUAAUGGCAACACAGUCCUCCAUUACAGUGUUUCCCACUGCAAGUACAGUAUUGUCAGUCUACUAUUGGACGCAGGAGUAAGCGACGUCAACUUCCAGAACAAAGCGGGUUACACAGCAGUGAUGCUGGCCUCACUCACAGCCCCUGAGAACCCUGGCCACAUGGAGGUGGUCCGCAGGCUGAUGGAGCUUGGCAACAUUAACAUCCGCUCCAGCCAGACUGGUCAGACUGCUUUACACUUGGCUGUGAGACACGGGCGAGUGGUGAUGGUCCGCCUGCUGCUCAGUUGUGGAGCAGACGCCAACAUCCAAGAUGGUCAAGGAAACACAGCCCUCAUGUUUGCAUCUGAGAGAGGCUACACACAUAUUGCAAGAUUACUGCUGGAGAGGACACAGUGUGAUUUAACCCUUACUGAUCAGGGUGGAAGAACUGCCCUCUCCAUUGCCAGGCUCAACUCCCACAGUGACACAGCCACGCUUCUGCAAGCUCAUGCCAGAGCUCGAGCUUUGUAG